GGAUGUGUCUAUCACGCUCACUAGUUUUACUCUCAGUAUAGUGAGUAAUCAGUAAUCACAAACACUCACUCAAUUUGACUGAUAUUUCCGUCCUUACGGAACGAAAAAGCCGACCAACGUCUCGCCCUCAACCAAAGUAACAACCUAAUGCGACGAAGAAGCCUUAGCAGCGCUGCCAAUGCAACACUCAAGGGCAGGAAAUGGGACGCGCUCAUAAUCGGCGGCGGCCACAACGGCCUCACGGCAGCCGCCUACCUUGCUCGUGGCGGUCUCUCCGUGGCAGUCUUAGAGCGCCGCCAUGUGAUCGGAGGCGCCGCUGUGACCGAGGAGCUGGUCCCAGGGUUCAAGUUCUCCCGGUGCAGUUACCUGCAGAGCCUCUUGCGUCCCUCAGUCAUCAAAGAACUUGAGCUUCCGAAACACGGAUUGAAGCUUCUGAAGAGGAAUCCGUCGUCUUUUACGCCUUGCCUCGACGGGCGGUACCUACUCUUGGGCCCCGAUAAAGGUCUCAAUCAUUCCGAGAUUUCCAAGUUCUCGCUUAACGAUGCAGAUGCUUAUCCAAGAUAUGAGAAUCAGCUUGAGAAUUUCUGUAAAUUUAUGGAUCUGGUGCUGGAUUCGUCUCCUCCCGAGUCCUUGCAGCAUAAAUCAUCACUUAAUGAACAACUGAAGAAUAAAUUACAGAAUUCAGUAUUUUGGGCAAGUUGUCUACGACAAGCAUCCUCCUUGGGGCAAAAGGAGAUGGUGGAAUUCAUGGACCUUUUAUUGGCUCCGGCUUCCAAAGUUUUGAACAACUGGUUUGAGACAGAUGUUCUGAAGGCUACACUUGCAACAGAUGCUGUGAUUGGAAGCACAGUAAGAGCAGUUACCUUUAGUGUUAAAAGUCUUUCCAAUGAAAAACAUUUUAACAAUGAAAGGAUAUACGAAUUUCUCCAUUGUUCUUUGAGAGUGAAACAAUUAGAAUAUGUUGAAGGUGGAAUGGGCUCAAUAUCCAAGGCUAUUAGUAAUGCUGCUAUGGAAGCUGGAGCACAUAUUGUAACCAAUUCUGAGGUAUCUCAGUUGUUGAUUGAAGACUCUAGCACUGUCUGUGGGGUGAUUUUGGCUGAUGGUACCAAAGUGCAUUCUUCAAUUGUUCUUUCUAAUGCAACUCCAUAUAGAACUUUCAUGGAAUUAGUGCCUAAUGAUACCCUUCCAGAUGAUUUUGUUCGUGCGAUUAAGCAUUCUGACUAUAGUUCUGCUACUACAAAAAUAAAUGUAGCAGUUGACAAGUUGCCUCAAUUUGAGUGUUGCAAGUUAAAUCAUCCUCAUGCUGGCCCACAGCACGUUGGCACAAUUCAUAUUGGUUCAGAGAGCAUGGAAGAAAUUCACUCUGCAUCUCAAGAUGCUGUAAAUGGAGUGCCAUCACGAAGACCAGUUAUUGAAAUGACAAUUCCCUCGACGCUGGACAAAACCAUAUCUCCACCUGGUAUGCAUGUGAUCAACCUAUUUGUGCAGUAUACUCCCUACAAACCACUGGAUGGUGACUGGCAAGAUCAUGAAUACAGAGAAUCAUUUGCACAAAAAUGCUUCAAAUUGAUUGAUGAAUAUGCCCCCGGGUUUAGUACAUCUGUCAUUGGUUAUGACAUGUUGACUCCACCAGACCUUGAAAGGGAAAUUGGUUUGACAGGAGGGAACAUAUUUCAUGGUGCCAUGGGAUUGGAUUCUCUGUUCCUCAUGCGACCUGUUAAAGGAUGGUCGAAUUAUAAGACUCCACUUCAGGGGUUAUACUUAUGUGGAAGCGGGGCACAUCCUGGCGGUGGCGUAAUGGGGGCACCAGGACGUAACGCCGCUCGAUUAGUACUUCAAGAUCUUAAGAAAACUACGUAAGGUUGAGGUGGUAGUGAUUACAUGGCAGCGAUGAGGUUCAUUUGUCUUAAUUGGUGCCUUUUAGCUGGUUUUACAUCUUUUGGUGUACGGACUACAGAUUCAAAGACAUCAUGUUUUGCAAGUACCUGAACCACUGAACGUCUUUUGGUAUUAAAACUAUAUCAGAAUUUUAAAAAACUACUGAUGUCUUUACUAUGUCUUUAACCUUUUUAACAGGAUUAGUAUUUGCCUCUGUAAUAUCAAAUGCUUCUUUUUUUUUUGAGGAUUUUUAUUUUUGGAAUUAAUUGGUCUUCCACACUUUUUGUGUAUAUUUGUUUCAGUAGCUAUUUAUCCAAUUGGAAUGUCAAUUCGAAUUGGGACAUUUUCAAGUAGUAUAUAAGAUUUGGUUAUCUUUUUUGUAUCAAAA